AUGAGGCACAUCAUGACGCCUUACGAUGACCCGCCCAUUUACCAGUUGCCGGAAGAGUUACUGCUACACGCCGCCUCUUAUCUUCCCGACUCGGCUGCACCCACGUCCCUCAAGGACCUAAGUCUCACCCUCGAUCUAAAAACGAUUUCCAUUGGUACUAUCCUGCGUCUCAACGGUCGUGGGUGUCUACAGGGCGCCGAGAACCUUGAUGAUCUAGCCUUGAGUGUCUCGAUACAAUUUGCAGAUCGUCCCCUCGUUGAGAAGGCGGAAAUCCAACUCAGUGACCUUUUCGAAGCUCUCGACUGCAGCCGGCUACGAAGCCUCAAGAUGCAGCUUAUCAACGACAGCUAUCAUCUCACUGACGACCGGGAUACCCAGCUUGAUGCUGGCUAUCUCAUAGAUCAACUUGAUAGCAUGCGAGACAGUCUAGAAAGGCUUGCCAUCACGCAUGAGAUUACCGAUGACGACUCGGAUUUAGAGUGGCUGCUGGAAUUGUUGACGAACCAAAAGAGAUCGUUUAAACACUUCACCAACCUCAAGCAUCUCACCAUUCCACAGUUGUUCAUUUUCAAUGCGGAGUCGGAUCGUUUCCUGGAAGACUGCUGCCAGCCGAGAGAUUUGCCACCAAAGCUCGAGACGUUGGAAAUCCUGUACCCUCAAUCAGACAUAGAAGACUGGGUACAGGUAGAGCGCUUCCAGCCCUCAGGGUAUCAAGACAAUCCGGCUUUAGGCUUUCAAGCCAAGCUGCCCUCGGCUUUGCGGAGGAUCACAUUGACGUGUCGCGACGAAGUUGGCUCAUCUGCAUCGUCCUUCACGAAGGACGUAGAGGCGAUCUGGGCGGUGCUGUCGUUUGAUCUCUUAAUUGAGACGUAUGUCUUCUGUCAGACCCAAGGAAAUUGGUACAACUUGAAAGACUUGCGCGACGAGCAAGAUGGCAUAAAUGAGGAGGAGACCGACAGCGAUAUGUCAGCGAUGUUAUUAGCGCAUUCUGGACCUCAGGGAAAAUCGACCGACAGCGAAGAGGAAACGACUGAUAGUGGAGACUACGACGAAGAAUCGGACGAAGAAUCGGACGAAUAG